AUGCCGAGUCUGGUCGCCGGCCGGGCGUCCUUUCCUGGCCGUCGAUCAGCACCGUCGUAUCAGCCCAACACAGUGGCCCAAGACGACGCUGUAUCUCUCACUCUGCAGCUCUGCAACUCUGCAACUCUGUCGAUGCAGCUGCCUCCCCACAAUAUGACGGAGCCGCCCAUCGUGGUGGAUCGCGGUGUCGUUGCCGUGUCGUCGGUCCACUUCUCUCGCGUCCUCCCGCCUCCGGUCGUCUCUCGUCCCCGACGGUCUCCUCUGUCUCUUCUGUCUUUACCAUUUUUCUACUUUUGGCAGACGACAGACAGCAUGACACUGCUGCCGCAAUCCCCAAAAGGAAACGGCAAGGACGGCAAGGACGACUGCGCGCAGCCAAUCGACCGCCAUGCGAGUAAAGGGGUUGGGUAG